ACUCUAGGCGACACCCCAAUACUUACCCGUGCUAAUAAACUGGGACUCCACUCACGCGCGUUUGGGCCUCCCUAGCUUAGAACUAAGCACUAAUAUCACCUUAAAAACUAAAUCUACAAGGUUUGUUCACUCUGCGGCGAUAAUAAAUUUGCAGCUGGGGGCGGUUUUGGGAGUCAGAAAUGCCAAGCUCGGAGAAGCAUUCUCGCAAAGAUAAAGACAAACAUGAGAAGGAAAGGUGGCACGUCAAGACACUGGAUGAAAUAAGAGAAGAGAAGAAGAAGAAGAAGGAAAGCGAGGAAAAGAAGAAGAAAAGCAAGGAUCCGGCCAAAGAAAUGGUCAGAGAGGCGAAAGUACAAAGGCAACAGCAUACAUCUUCAGAAGAUGAGAAGAUGGAUGAGGAUGAAGAUGACGCACUAAACAUCCAGCCUCCGCAGGCCAAACCAAGCUCACAUAAAGAUAGCAGGCACAAGAAAGAGGAGAAGCGAAAGCAUUCCAGAUCACAUAGCAGGGAUAAAGACAGAAAGAGACGAAAGAGAUCGAGGUCAGCAGAGGAGAAGUCCUCUAGGAGCAAAGGUACCACCCGAGAUAGGGAUAGAGAUCGCGACAGAGACCGGGACAGACGCCGAGACAGGGAUCGCGACGACCACAGCAGGGAUCGAGAAAAAAAGACGCGCAAGGAGCAUCAUGAAGACCGUGAGGAGGUACGAGGUAGCCAGAGCCAUCAGUCUGAUCUGCGUCAGAUGAUCAUCGAUAGAAGGGAUGAUACGCGGCAGGUUACAGUAUUAGGAGAGCGAUUACAACCGAAGGACGCAGAGAGAAGAUCUAGGGACGUUAAGAAAGAAAGUGAACGUGAGAAGGAAAGGAGGGAGGAUAGACACGAAGACAGACACAGAGAGAAGAGAGAAAAAGAUGAGAAGAGAGAGAAGAGCAGAGAGUCCUCCAAGCACGAAGGAAGUAAAGAGAAAAGCAGAUCAAGGAGAGAUGAACUGAUGGAAGACAGAAGAGAAGGCUCCAGACCAAGUAGCAAAGAGAGGACCUCGGGAAGUAAUCGGUCCGAAGAUAGAGACUCGAGGUCAAAGAGAUCGGAGAAGGAACAUCAUUCCUCAUCAAACAGAGAAAGAAGUCCACAUAGGUCAUCUAGAGAUGAUAAAAGAAAGAGGGAUGAGAGGAGAAAAGAGGAGCGCGAAUCGGAGCACGACUCCGAUCAACGGAGAUCCAAAUCGUCCUCCAAGUCUUCCAAAUCGCAUGAGAGAGAAAGACGGAAAGAAGACAGUGAGGAACGCGAGAGAUGGGUAGAGCGUAAGAUUGAGAAGGAGGAAGAGGAGGAGAAGGAUGAGUACGAGAGGAGAGAAAUGGAAGAAGAGCAUGAGCAUCAGGAUGAGGAGGAGGAGGAGGAGAAUGCAUCGUCAUCGGAAGAAGAGGAAGAAGAAGAAUCGGAGGAGGAGGAAGAGGAAGAAGAAGAGGAGGAUUCUUCAGAGGCGGAAUCUGAAUCUGAGGAGGAAGAAGAAGAGGGAGUGAAAGAAGCGUCCAGUUCAGAGGAAGAAGAAUCGGCCGAAGAGGGAGAGGCCUCAGCUGAUGAGUUAGAGGAAGGUGAACACAAAGAUUCUGAAGAAGAAGAAGAGGAGGAGGAGGAGGAGGAGGAAGAAGAGGAAGAGGAAGAAGAAGAGAGCGAAGAGGAGGACUCAGAAUCUGAUUCAGAAUCAGAAUCAGAAGAAGAGAGUGAGAAGUCUGGUAGCGAGGCUGAUCACGAAGAGGUGCAUAAAGAAGAGGAAAAAGCAAAAGUGAAACAGGAAAGAGAAAGUGACUCAUCUAAGAUAUACGUGCAUGCCAAGUCUAAGUUCGAUGACGACAGUCCAAGCCCAACCGGUCCGCUACGGGAUGACAUCAAGAAGGAGGUUGAAGACGACGUCGACGAUCACAGCGACACGGAGUACCUCCAGGACUCCCCCGUCGCCUCCCCCAUCGAGCUGGAGGAGAAGUUGCCCCCGUACCUCCCUGCCAUUCAGGGCUGCAGGAGUGUGGAGGAGUUCCAGUGCCUGAAUAGGAUAGCCGAAGGGACGUAUGGUGUGGUGUACAGAGCAAAUGAGAAAAAGAAAAAUUCAAUUGUUGCCCUGAAGAGACUUAAAAUGGAGAAAGAAAAGGAAGGCUUUCCGAUCACAUCGCUACGAGAGAUUAGUACACUACUCAAAGCUCAGCAUAGGAAUAUUGUUACUGUGAGGGAAAUAGUGGUAGGUAGUAACAUGGAUAAGAUCUACAUUGUAAUGGACUAUGUAGAACAUGAUCUGAAAUCACUCAUGGAGACCAUGAAGCAACCGUUUACUAUAGGAGAGACCAAAUGUUUGAUGCUUCAGUUGUUACGUGGAGUGCAUCAUCUCCAUGACAACUGGAUCCUCCAUCGAGAUCUCAAGACAUCCAACCUCCUCCUCAACCACCAAGGGUGUCUCAAGAUCGGAGACUUUGGUCUGGCCAGGGAGUACGGUUCCCCGAUCAAACCAUACACGUCCAUCGUGGUCACCCUGUGGUACAGGGCUCCUGAACUGCUUCUUGGGACCAAGGUCUAUUCAACGCCCAUAGAUAUGUGGUCAGUAGGUUGUAUAUUUGCCGAGUUCCUUACCAUCAAACCCAUCUUCAAUGGACGCUCGGAAAUUGAUCAACUCAACAGGAUAUUCAAGGAAUUAGGCACUCCAAGUGAGAAGAUCUGGCCUGGCUAUAACGAGCUUCCCGCCGUGAAGAAGACCACCUUUGCCCACCAUCCUUACAACAAUCUCAGGAAUCGAUUCGGAACCUACCUGACGGACAUUGGCUUUGAGCUGCUCAACAAAUUCUUGACCUAUGACCCUGUCCGUCGGGUCUCGGCGGAGGACGCCCUCAAGCAUAGCUACUUCACCGAGUCCCCGCUACCGAUCAGUGAGAACAUGUUCCCGACGUGGCCUGCUAAGAGCGAGAUGGUCAGGACGAACAAGCCAAGGAGUCCACAGGCACCCGAAGGAGGCCAACAGUUUGCUAAACUGGAAAAAGAGGAUGAAGAUUCUGGAUUCCGAAUGAACUUACCGACCCAAGGAAGCUCGGCACAGAGUGCAGGAUUCAGUCUGAAAUUUUAAUGAUGACUAUUAAAAAUCAACUAUUCUUCAGCACGAAGUGAAGAUAUUUCAAAGACCAGUUAGUAGAUUCUUGGCCCGGCUGUAGCUCCAGCUGCUAAAGGCGAUUCGUGCAUUCAAGGAAUUAAUCUUGCCGGGUACCCAUUCACCUCACCUGGGUUGAGUGCAGCACAAUGGAUAAAUUUCUUGCUGCAGGAAAACACGCCCUGGCUGAGAUUCGAACCCACGUCCCUCUCAUUGAAAGACAAAAUUUGUGACCACUAGACCACGAAGCUCCCACACUCUUACUCGAACAAGUUUGAACAUUUGCUAUCCCAGGCAGCAGUGAGUGCAUGGUGUGGUUGUACUGAUUGUUUUUUAUUUAUCAACUUUAAUCUGUGGGCCGUUUCAUAAAGCAGUUUGUAAGUUAAGAGUGACUUUAAGAACGACUGGUGUUCCUUUCUUGUGGUAAAUGAUAUUCACCAUUAAAUGUUCCUUUGUGAUUAUUUAGCGCGUAAGAAAGGAUCACCAGUCAUUCUUAAAGUCGCUCUUAACUUACAAACAGCUUCAUGAAACGACCCCCAGUUCAGUUUAGAAGAGCAGCCAUGACAAGAAAGUGAUGACAAUUCAUAAAUCAAUGAUUUUAACUCGUGAAAGUUGAUACCUUAGAUCGACAUGAAUGUUUUUGAUAUAAAUAUGGUAGACACGUUCAAAAAUUGUCCCCAGAGGCCAAAAUCAAAUAAUUAUUUUUUUCCCCCCACAGUAUUUGAGCCCUGUGGAACGUCUAUGAUCUCACAAAAUUUAAGAGUCUCACUGGUGUCCCUGGAUAUUGUAAUAUCAUGCUACCCCCCCCCAAAAAAAAAUGCAUUCAAUCACAUACAUUUCACACUUCAAAACCGCCUUUAAAUGACUUUACCUCACAGUCAAAGAUUCUAUUGAAAUUUUCUUUGGACAAUUUGUGAAAGCGGCUGCGAUAUGAAGUGAUUUGAUCAUAUUUUCUCAUGCGACUAUGCCCAUCAGUAACAAGAAAAGUAUGAUUUCAGAAACUUUGAACAGGCUUUGUAACCUCUUAUUGUUAACAAGUUUUAAGAAAGAUGGCCCAGAUAACAUUCAUCUUAUCUACCCUUUAUGCCAUGUGAACAUUACAUUUUGCUUUUACCCAUGAUCAGGUAAUUAAACUGAAAGAAAAAGAAAAUAUUGAAGUAAAAUACAAGUAUUGAAAUUCCUCUUGUUAAAUCUCCAUUACAAGAUUACCCAUACAUUCUGUGAUCUCCCCCCCCCCAAAUGUUUUGUUUCAAUUGCUAAAAAACAAUUGAAGUUGAAUAUAGAUAUUGUCUCAAGUGAAUGAUGAAAUGUAAAUAUUUAUGUACCUUUUCAAUUUGUUUUGUAAUAAAUAUUACUGUUUUCUAAAAAUAAUAAAUGCUUUAGCUGUGA